UCAAAUUCAAUUGAAGUCAAGGCGUGGCAGAGGAUGCUCACCAUCGGCAUUGCUCUCGUGUCAUUGCUGUGCUGCGGCGACCGAUGCUCUCCACUCAGCUCUCGAAGCAGAGCUCAUCCAGGUGCGCUUCCGCGAUGGUCCACAACUCGUCGGCCGCGGAAUCGAAGGCCAUGUUGGCCUUGGCCGGCAGCUCGCCCAUGCCAGUCGCCAAGCGGGAACAGACGCUGAAAGCUGUGCAAGCGCAUAUUCCCCAUCUCGUCUCCCUCGACUCGCUCUACCUCCACUUUGUCUCUCCCACCUCGAGCAGCGCUCUGCAAUUGCUCUCCACUGCGUCCUCCUCUGAACGGCUUUUGCUGGACAACUUGCUCGGCUACGGGGACCACCAUGCGCUUCCUCAUACGCGCUCUGCCAUUCAAGCUGCUCUUGCUGCGCAGAGCAGUGGAGCGUCGACGACGACGGUGCUUUUCGUCACGCCCAGACCCGGUAACAUCAGCCCUUGGUCUUCCAAGGCGACAGACAUUGCACGUUUGUGCACUUUGGGCGACCACGUCGAGCGCAUCGAGCGUGGUCAAGCGUACGUGCUCACCGGCAUGGAGCUGAACGAGGCUCAGAUCGCAUCCUUCGCCGAUCUCUUGCAUGACCGCAUGACUCAGUCCAUCUCCACCGCGCCCCCAAAUGCUACGGCGUUGUUUGGCAAAGACGAUCCUGCACCUCUUCGCACAGUGUCGUUGGGCGAAAAGGACUUCGAUGCGGCAGUCGCAAAGCUGUCUUCAGCCAACGAGCAGCUCGGUUUGGCUUUGGCACCGGACGAGAUCAACUAUUUGGUCAAGGCUUUUGUGUCUGGCGGUCAAGACGUCGGAGCUGCAGAGGCGCUGGGCAGGGAUCCGACGGAUGUGGAGCUGUUCAUGUUUGCUCAGGUCAACUCGGAGCACUGCAGGCACAAGAUCUUCAACGCGGAUUGGACCAUCGAUGGCCAGCGCAUGCCCAACACGCUGUUCGGAAUGAUCAGAAACACGCACAAGCUCCACCCCGAGCACACCAUCAGCGCAUACAGCGAUAAUGCAGCUGUGCUCGAAGGCAGCGACGCCAACCACUUUGCAGCACGAGCCAGUGAUGCCCCGCUCACGCGGUACGAGGCGCAUUACGAAGCGAUGCCGAUUCUCAUCAAAGUCGAGACCCACAACCAUCCCACUGCCAUCAGUCCCUAUCCUGGAGCAGCGACUGGAUCAGGCGGUGAGAUUCGCGAUGAGGGUGCAGUGGGACAAGGUUCAAAACCCAAGGCGGGACUCGUCGGUUUCAUGACCUCCAACUUGCUCUUACCCGAGCCGUGCGCCCCGGAGAGCGGCUCCAAAGCGAGGCAGCCGUGGGAACAGGACGUGGGCAAGCCGAGCCACAUCGCUAGCGCUUUGGACAUCAUGCUGGAUGCGCCAUUAGGCAGCGCGAACUUCAACAAUGAGUUCGGCAGACCGGGGCUCGGUGGAUUCUGGCGCACUUGGUGCCAACGCGUGCCGACGGAGGGUCCCGAGGGGUCGACCGAGAUACGCGGCUAUCACAAGCCCAUCAUGCUUGCAGGAGGCAUGGGCAACGUCAGGCCCAGCCACGCAAUAAAGCAGACGAUCACGCCUGGCAGCGCCAUCAUCGUGCUGGGAGGACCUGGCAUGCUCAUAGGUCUUGGUGGAGGUGCAGCUUCCUCGAUGGCUUCUAGCGCCAGUCGCGCAGCUUUGGACUUUGCGAGCGUGCAGAGAGAAAAUCCAGAAAUGCAAAGGAGAUGUCAGAGCGUAAUCGAUGCCUGCACGGCCUCGCUCGACGCUCCAAACCCUAUCAUCAGCAUCCACGAUGUCGGUGCCGGAGGUCUUUCGAAUGCUUUGCCAGAGCUAGUUCACGACUCUGGCUGCGGCGGCCGCUUCGAGAUUCGCAAGGUUCUCAUCGACGACCCCGGCAUGAGUCCCAUGGAAAUUUGGUGCAACGAGAGCCAAGAACGAUACGUCUUGGCCGUGUCGCAAUCCGAGUUGUCCAGGUUCGAGAGUGUUGCUAAACGAGAGCGCUGCCCUUACUCGGUGGUGGGAGUAGCUACAGAGGAAUUGAGACUCGUCGUCACAGACAGCUUGUUGAACUCCACUCCGAUUGACCUUCCAAUGGCGACGCUAUUUGGCAAGCCACCCAAGAUUGCUCGGCAGAGCAAGCAUAGCAGUCCACCUCGGUAUCCCUUCGACACGACGCUGAAAACUUACCUCGGUUCUGCCACGGACAUUUCCGCAGCGGUCACUGAGGCGUUCGACAGAGUCCUUCGUCUGCCAACCGUCGGCUCCAAAUCCUUCCUCAUCACCAUUGGCGAUCGGUCCAUCACCGGUCUCGUGGCUCGGGACCAGAUGGUCGGCCCGUGGCAAGUGCCGGUGGCAGACGUGGCGGUGACUCGCACUGCAUAUGGAUUCGAUGACGCGUUGGCUGGCGAGGCGAUGGCCUCUGGAGAGCGAACGCCUCUUGCUCUCCUCGAUGCUGCCGCAUCAGCUCGUAUGGCAGUUGGCGAGGCGUUGACCAAUCUGGCAGCGGCCAGUGUGCCGGACCUUAAGCGAGUCAAGUUGAGCGCCAAUUGGAUGUGCGCAGCAAGUCACGGAGAUGAAGGCGCUCGCUUGUACGACGCUGUGCAGGCGGUCGGAUUGGACCUGUGUCCGAAGCUCGGCUUGUCUAUUCCCGUCGGGAAGGAUUCGAUGUCCAUGAAGAUGGGCUGGCAAGAGCAGGGCGCGCAACGCGAGGUCACAGCUCCUCUCAGCUUGGUGAUCACCGCGUUUGCGCCCGUGGACCGCAUCGACCGCACGUGGACUCCUCAGCUCAGAGCAGAUGUCGAUGAAGAGACGGUGCUGUUGUUCGUCGAUCUCGCAAGUGGCAAAGCCCGCAUGGGCGGCAGCGCAUUGGCACAAACAUUCGAGCAACUCGGCAAAGAGGCGCCCGAUGUCGAGAGCGCAGAUGUUCUGAAGGGCUUCUUUGAAGCUUGCGCAACAUUGAAGGCUCUCGAGGUGCAAGGGCGCACCGAUCAUUCGCUGAUCAUGGCUUAUCACGACCGCAGCGAUGGUGGUCUUGCAGCGACCAUUCUAGAGAUGGCGUUUGCUGGACAUGUCGGCGUCAACGUCAACCUGGACACCAUUCCAGGCGGUGCCAAGGAUCCAGUAGCUGCGUUGUUCAACGAAGAGCUUGGUGCUGUCAUGCAGGUCCGUGCUCGAGACGUCAAGGCCGUCUCUGCUGUCUUGUCCAGCGCGGGAGUGCCAGCCGAAGCUUUGCAUAUCAUCGGUCAGAUCGUGCCAUCAACGGACGAGCAGCAGAUCCACUUCGCCGCCGACUCGCGUCCCGUCUUCUCCGGUGCGCGACACGACUUGCAAAGAGCCUGGUCAGAGACAUCUUGGCGCAUGCAAUCACUUCGCGAUAAUCCAGAGACGGCAUCUUCCGAAUGGGCUUUGAUUGGUCCGCAGAGCCACGGACCAAACACAAUUUCAUUUCAACUCGCAUACCAACCUGGAGCAGAAUUCGCUCUCGGAACCCUCCCAAUUCCCGAGGCGCCCCUUGACAGCCGACCCAAGGUCGCAAUCCUGCGCGAACAAGGAGUCAACGGCCAGCUCGAGAUGGCGUACGCAUUUACAGCAGCCGGUUUCUGUGCCAUCGAUGUGCACAUGUCUGACCUGAUCACGGGUCGCGUAACACUAGGCGACUUUGUGGGUCUGGCAGCGUGCGGAGGUUUCUCGUUCGGAGACGUGCUCGGCGCAGGCAGCGGUUGGGCAAAGUCUUGCUUGCUGAAUCCCAAAGCUCGCACUGAGCUCAGCGCGUUCUUUACUCGCAAGAAUACAUUUGCACUGGGCGUCUGCAACGGAUGCCAGCUGUUCAGUCAGCUCGGACAGGCUGGUCUGAUACCAGGCGCAGAGCAGUGGCCCACGUUCAAGGUGAACGAGUCUGCGCGUUUCGAAGGGCGUUUGUGCAUGGUGGAGGUCGACGAUGGUCCUGUGACAUCCAAGAGCGUGUUUCUGCGCGACAUGGUAGGCAGUCGGUUGCCUGCCGUCAUCGCGCACGGCGAAGGCCGAGCAUCGUUCAGGGAUCGAGCAGACCAAGACGCCGUCGAGUCGAGCGGGCUUGUCGGACUGCGAUACGUCGAGCACGACGCUCCCAAAGGCCAGGGAACUACGAGAUAUCCGAUCAAUCCCAACGGAUCCCCCCACGGAAUCACUGCAGUAUCGACUCCCGACGGCCGUAUCCUUGCCCUGAUGCCCCACCCCGAACGCGGCAUCUCUGCCGAAAGCAUGUCGUGGAAACCCGCAGGCGCAAGCAAAGCGUGGAGAGGCCGGGGUCCCUGGCUGCAAAUGUUCCAAAGCGCAAGGACUUGGGUCGGUUAGAUGGGAUUGAGAGAUUGAGCAACCAGAAUCUCAUGAUUUUGCACGACCACGCCAUGCACUCAUGCCGUCGCAAUCGGCGAUGCGUGAGAUAGACUAAGAAGAGCUAGUUCGGCUGGAUGUGGAGAGUCGAAUGCGAAAGCAAGGACAGCCUGCUGAUUUGUCACCCGUCGUGUAGAUUGACCCCGCUUUCGGCGUC